CUUUCUACUUCUUGGUGGUGUCUGAGUGAGCGCAGCACCACGUGACAUUGCAGCCAUCGUUUCCCUUCUUACCACCCGUCUUGAUCAUCGCUAUUUGACGUUCGUCACCGUCCCUCGCUCAUCCCGCCGCUCCCCAUUCCAAUCGCUAGCCCGUGCCAAACACCAAGCGAACUGGGCGCUCGAUCCUCACUCCGCCGCGCCCCUGCAGCCCCGUUCUCUCUCUCCACCAACAGCCCAGCAAACAGGGUCCUCUCCACCUCUCGCUGUCCUGUCGCUCGUUUCGCCCUGACAUCACUGCACUCGACCCGCGAGCGACGCUCUCCACUCGUUCGCGAACAGCCUCGUCCCCUGAGACACGAUCAGCCGCACGACUCGGCGUCAGCCUUCAUCCACGCUGUCCCCUUAGGCGGGCCCCUCGAUACCCCAGACCACACCACAACCCCCGUCGAACGUCGUACACAUUCUGCAAUGCGCCCUUCGGUAGGCCUGUUGGGCUUGCUGCUCGCUGCAGCGCCUGUUGUCCUGGCGCAAGACGACAGCGACUUGCCACAACUGUCAACAAUUCAGCAGCCGGACGGACAGGGAGCGUCAUCCAGCGUGGCAGCAUCGUCCGCGGCAGCAUCUUCAGCCCAAGCAUCCACCACAGCAGCAGCAGCAGCAUCAUCUUCAGCGCAGGCGACAUCAGCAGCACAUGGCUCCUUCCCAACUGUCACACAAGGCAUCGUCCAACUCUCAGGCCUGCCUACACUCGCUGGUGUCGGUGUGCCUGACCAACGAGUCCCAGACACAUCUGGAGCACUCUUUAUGCAAAAGUCGGAUCUUCCGGACGGAACCGUGUUCAUUUGUGUCGGCGCGAUCUUGGGUUUCCUCGGUGCUUGCGUGCUUCUGUGGCGAGGUCUCGUUGCGUGGUCGCUGCAUCGAUCCGUCAAGCGCGCUGCUCUUGCGCAGAACCUGGCUGAUAUGAAGGCGAUGUCAGCAGUGCCCGGCAAGAAGCGCGGCAUGUAUACCCAUGUUGGUGCCAGCUCAACCAUGUCUCUGGAUCAUCUGUCUGCGGCGCCCACUGGCCAUUCGAGGCCUCAAAAGCCAUUCGCUCAGGCCCCGGGUGGCACACCUCCCAGGGCCGCAUCUUCUUUGUUCUUCUCUCCUACUGCGGGCGGCGCAGCUGGUCUCGCACAGCAGGGCAACCGUUCGUCGAACUACCUGCCCGCUGGCUACUACGCUGCUGGUAACGCGGCGCCUGCUGGCGGGUCUCCAAUGGCACAUGUCGGCGGACACGGCGCACACCUGUCGACCAACUCGCUGGCCUUGCCAGGAAACCGGUUCAGCCGAGCAUCCGGCAUCUCACCUCCAGGAUCGCCGUCUCUUCCACCUUCUCGUGGCUAUGACCGCGCUCCCCCGUCCAGAGACGGCUUCUCCAACUACAACCGCAACAGCGUUGCUACUCUUAGCACACCAGGCAACACCAGGAGCGGCGUCUAUGGCCACGGUCAGGCUAGCGUAAGCAACUUGUCUUUGAACGUACCGGGCGGAAGUACAGAAGCUGGUGGCCGAGCUCCGAGUGCGUAUCUGGAAGAUUUGUUCGAGAACCACGGCGGUUCGCGCUCGCAAGAGAGGUUCUAG